AAAUAAUCUUCUUCCGUCGAGAAGCAUCCCCCCGUGCCACCCGCAGGAUAGAGGAAAAAAAACAAGACUUAUCUAGAAACACACAAAAAAUUGCAUAGUUCUAUAAUGGGUCUCACAAUACAAGAAACACUAGCCUCCAGCCAAGCAACAAGCAUCCAGAAGCCAGUACAGUAUGUGGAAACCAUAGAAGCAUACAACAAAUGGGCAGAGGUCUACGACACAGACGGCAACUUCCUCCAAGGGCUCGAUACCCUCGAAAUGCAACAACUACUUCCGCAACUUCUUGACAAAGUGAUCGCCAGCACGCAGACUGACUCCGUAAAACUCGUCGAUCUGGGCUGUGGAACAGGUCGGAACACCCGCCAGCUGCUGAAGUUCGCGCCCAAGGAUACUCAUAUCGUUGGGGUGGACGCUUCACCGGGGAUGCUGGAUGUUGCGCGGACGGUGAUCGAUAAGGAGAAGGAAACAGAUGCUUCUCUUUCUAGUAGGGUUUCGUUGGAGAUAUACGAUUUGCUUCAGUCGCCACCGGUGCCGCCGGAGUGUAGUCUGGGCGCGGUGGGUGUGAUCUCAACGUUGGUUUUGGAACAUAUUCCUGUGGACCAGUUCUUUAAGGGCGUGGCGGCGCUGAUGAGGUCUGGGGGUUAUUUUCUUUUGACUAAUAUGCAUUCUGAGAUGGGGUCGAUUAGCCAGGCGGGAUUUGUGGAUACGGCGACUGGGACGAAGAUUCGGCCGACUAGUUAUUCGCAUACCAUUGAGGAUGUGUUAAAUGCCGCUGAGAAGGCGGGAUUUGAUGUUGAAGAGUUAGAUGGAGAGCGGGUUCGAGAGAGAAAGGUGACUGAGACAAGGGCAGAGGGUCUGGGUAAAAGAGCGAAGAAGUGGAUUGGCAUCACGGUGUGGUUUGGCAUCUGCUUUAGAAAGCGGUUGUGAUGAGGCGCUACUAUUAUGAAGCUAGUUCCUGUUUCUGCUGUGAGAUUUGAAAAAGAAAACGUGGGCUAGCAAUA